AUGAUUAGAAUCCAAUAUGCAAAAGAAAAAGAGAGAAAUGAUAAUAUUUUCCCUUCAGACAGAGUUUCACAAAUCAGUCCUCCAGAAAUGAGCUUAAGCAAGAUGAAAUCCCUUUUCGUAAUUCCGUCCUCGCGUGUAAAAUGCUUGGACUUCCAUCCAACAAAGCCAAUAAUCUUAGCUGCGCUUUAUACUGGUGAAGCUAUUAUUGUUGACGCAUUACGCGGUUCAAUUAUAAGAACAUAUUCAGUUCAUCAAGGUAUACCACUUCGUGCAUGCAGAUGGAUACCAAAAACAGGCGAUUUUGUCACAGGAGGUGAUAAUCGUUCAUUAAAUUUCUACAGCCAAGUCAAAGGCAAACAAACAUUAGAAAUUCCAGAUGCUCAUGAUCAUUACAUUCGCUCACUUGCAGUUCAUCCAAACGAAAUGCUAUUACUUUCUUCAUCAGAUGAUUUAUCGAUCAAAUUAUGGGAUAUUUCCAAAGGAUGCACAGCUAUUCGUACAUUCCAAGUCCAUACAGGUAUCGUUAUGGACGUCAAAUGGAAUCCUCGCGAUUUAACAACGUUUGCAUCUUGUUCUUUAGAUGGCAACGUUAUUUUCUGGGAUAUGGGCAGCGAACAACCACGCUUUACUCAAAGAGUUAGCAAUAAAUGCGUUAACUCUAUCUCAUUUGCUGUCAAUGGCGACAGAUCAUUAAUUGCUACGGGUUCCGAUGACACAAUAGUCACAAUCAUCGACUUACAAUCACGUUCAGUUGUCACAACCCUCGAAGGCCAUGACAACAACGUCACUCGCGUUGAAUUUCAUCCAACACGUCCAUUAAUCAUAACAACCGCCGAAGAUAACUCUACGAUCAUAUGGUCAUCAAUUACGUUUAGGAAAGAGAACAGACUCAGUUCAGCUCUCGAGCGUGGCUGGGCCCUUGGUUUCUCUAAUUGUCCUCCAUUGAUGGCAAUCGGACACGACAAAGGCCUUACAAUACACAAAUUCAAGAACUUGGGAACACCCAUGUCCCUUGAUCCUACAGGAAAGCUCAUUAUUGCUCAAGGAGCCGAAGUUUCCGUUGCUGUACUCAAAAACAUGCCAGAUUUCGUUGACGGAUCCGAAAUCACGCUUCCUCUUAAAGAGGGAAUAACGUCCGACCAAACGCCAGUUCAUUUACAUCACUCUCCAAAUGGAAGAUACAUCACUGUCUGCGGAGAGAACGAAUGGACAAUAUAUACGACACUCGGAUUCAGAUCGAGAGCAUAUGGAAAUGGUAUUUCCUUCAUUUGGUGCUCGAAUUCGACAUCUUUUGCCGCAUUAAACACAAAUAGACUCAUAACUGUCUACAAGAGCUUCGACGACUCCCAGGUCUUGAAUGUAUUUGCUCUAAAGAUCUGGGGUGGCGAGUUAAUUGGAGCUUUGGUCAACAACGGCUUGGAAUUCUACGAUUGGGAAGAUCUUCAAUUAGUCAGACGCAUAGAAGUCCAUCCAUCAGAAGUAUUAUGGUAUGGUAACUAUGUUGCCAUCCGCACAAAGACAAAUAUCGUUGUUCUCUCAUACAAUUCAGAAUAUCAAUCUGAAUUUGUUCAAGGAAGUGGCUACGAAGACUCAUUUGACGUUGUCUAUGACGUCGAUGGCAAAGCUUCGUCAAUCUGCUGGGCCAACGGCAUACUUUUAUUCACAGAUGGCCAAAAAGUCAACAGAAUCUCAGCCGGCAUCGUUUUGCCAACAGCCAGCUUCAAGAACACAGUUGAUUUAAUAGGUUAUCUCCCACGAGAAGGCGUUGUUUUGGUUGCAGACCAGAUGAGAACAUUAUUAGGAGUUCAUUUACCACCAAAUCUCCUUGAUUUCGAAAGUGCUGUUGCCGCAGACGAAGAGGCAGACCCAGAGCUCGUUGACGAAGACUACAGAGCACGUACAGCCAAGUUCCUCAAACAACUCGGUAAAAAUGAGUUGGCACUUUUAGUUUCGAAUGACACGGCCAUGAGAUUCGAUUUGGCGAUCGAGCUUGGAGAGCUGGAGACAGCAAGCCAGUGCGCAUCGGACCAGACAAUGUGGAGAAGAUUGGCUAGAGCGGCAAUCGGAAAAGGUGAAAUGAAAUUGGCUGAAAAAGCACUUUUCGAAUGUGGAGAUUUGAGUACUUUACUGGUACUUUACAAGUCUCAAAACAGAAAAAGUGACAUCGAAAAUUUAGUAACAAAAGCCAAAGAAAUCGGCCAACUUAACGUUGCUUUUACAGCAGCGUUGGCUGUUGGCAUGUUCGAGGAAUGCGUUGACAUACUUAUUGCUAGCGAGAAGUACGCACAAGCUGCAAUUUUCGCAAGAACAAGAUGUCCGAAGAUGAUGUCGAAGGCCGUCCAGGAAUGGAAGAAACAUACUCCAAAUGAAAGAAUCUCUGGAGCAAUUGCGGAUCCGGCGGACUUCCCAUCACUAUUCGACGAAAUUGAACCCGAAGAAAGUGUCCAGGCGUGA